AGCCGGAACAGAUAGCGGCUCAGCGCGAGGCGGUGACUCUGCGCGACCUCCCGCUGCGACUGGGGUUCCGGCGGCCGGCUUCAGAAUGGGGAACACAAGCAGUGAGCGAGCUGGAAUGGAGCGCCAAGGCGGGCACAAGGCAUCCCGAGGAGAUGCGUCAGGUACAAAAGAAGGUGACAGACCAAAAAUCUUGAUGGACAGUCCUGAGGAUGCGGACCUGUUCCAUUCAGAAGAGAUGAAGGCUCCACUGGAGAAAGAGGAAUUCCUCGCCUGGAGACAAGACCUGGAAGUGAAUGAAAAAGCCCCUACCCAAGCUCGACCAACAGUCUUUCGAUGGACUGGGGGUGGAAAAGAGGUUUGUUUAUCAGGCUCUUUCAACAACUGGAGCAAAAUCCCUCUUACACGAAGCCACAAUAACUUUGUAGCAAUCCUGGACCUGCCUGAAGGAGAGCACCAAUAUAAGUUCUAUGUGGAUGGUCAGUGGACGCAUGAUCCCUCCGAGCCAGUAGUCACCAGCCAGCUUGGUACAGUUAACAAUAUCAUUCAGGUGAAGAAAACCGAUUUUGAAGUAUUUGAUGCUUUGAUGGUAGACUCCCAAAAGAGUUCGGAUGUUUCUGAGCUGUCAAGUUCACCCCCUGGACCCUACCACCAGGAUCCCUACAUUUGUAAACCAGAGGAACGCUUCAAAUCUCCACCUAUUCUUCCACCACACCUGUUGCAGGUCAUCCUGAAUAAGGACACUGGUAUAUCUUGUGAUCCAGCUUUACUUCCUGAGCCCAAUCAUGUUAUGCUGAACCACCUCUAUGCACUUUCUAUCAAGGAUGGUGUGAUGGUGCUUAGCGCUACCCAUCGUUACAAGAAAAAAUACGUCACUACAUUGCUGUACAAGCCUAUAUGAAUAACCCUGCAGCUAGUGGACCUGUGUGCUGGGCCAGUGAAGUGCCAGAAGGAACAAAUUCUUCUCCGAAUACAAACAUAUGCAUGUGCUGUGCUAUAGCAAACAGACUUUUCUUACAUUUUUAAAGAUUUCACACUUCUUUUAUAUUUGGCUUGUUUUCCCAGUCCCACCUGGAAGCUUUCAGUCAAGGCAGCUCAGCUGGGACCACACUGCUGGCCAGUGGCACUGCCAUGUUGUCAGCUUGGUAUAAAUCGACUUGGGGUUUACCAGUGAAAUUGUGAGGGAACAUAUGGGAAUAGCAACAACUUGAGUGUCCCUCAACAGUGAUGUGGGCCGUAGAAAAUACAUAUUCUAGGAAGCACAGGAUUCUUGCUGCUCCUAAGCUGAAUUUUUCAUUCAGCCAAGAAAAGCCAAAUGAUGGCUAGGAUCCGAGCUCCAGAGUGUCGCUCCCUGCUGGCUUGGACAAGUAUGAAAAAUGGUGUUCUUUCUGUUAAACCACUCCAAGCAAAGCGGGGUGCAACCAUUGCACACUGUUUUUCAGCAGGCUGGGUUCAAUAAGCUUCCUCAUGUGAAGAACACCAUAGUAUUGUUUCUCUUAGGAGAACUGAGAAUUAAUUUUCCCCAGUGGAAUUUCUGAUAAAGACAUUUUUUUUUUAAUUGCUGGGUUUUGUGUGGACCAUAUAACAUGUCCUGCAAUAAUCUGUUCUUGUAACAGAUGUCUAAUUCUGUUGCUGAUGAGGACUUCCCUGCAGCUGGGUUAGGUUACUGACUCACUUGAUUUUGGUUUAAGGAUUAAUUCUUUAGGGACCUACCAAAAUAGAGGUGGCAGAUGGGCAAUUGCACUGGCUGCCAUUAUUGUGGGCUUAUCACAGCAAGCCCCGUCUACCUCUGUUGGCCUAAGGGGCUGCAGUGGUCCUGCCCCUUGACACUGAUAGGCUGAUAGGACUGCCUUUUGUACAGCUCUGCCCCUUCCACUGAUUGACGGAGUGGGCUGGUUUUCAUGUGGCCUCACCCUCGCCACUGACUGGCAGAAAGGGAUGGGGCUGCAUGAAAGGCAGCCUUCUUGGCUAAUCAGCAGUGGAGGGAGGAUGGGGUGGCUGCCAUCUUGGCUGCUCCCCUUCGUGCAGGUUAGUUUCCCU